AUGUUAACUAUCAGAAGGGUACCGGCUGCAGUUGCUACGGUCGGCAUUGGCUACGGAAUCGCCAAAUACAAGCAGGCCCAGAUCGACCAACAGCACGCUCAGUUCUCGCAGUCAGCAGCGCAACGCCAAGCAGAGUCUGAUGCUAUGAUGAAUGCGUAUGGAGACCGAUCGAGUCUCGCGGAGCUCGAGGCUGCCAUGAAAGCCUAUGAGGAACGCCGCUCGCAACGGUGA